GUGUCUCACCUGUGAGUCUGUGUCUCACCUGUGUCUCACCUGUGAGUCUGACUCGUCUCUCUGCAGAGAUGUUGGACGACACAGUCGUCCUCGCCGCCGUCACCGUGCUCGCUGUCCUGGAGCAAGCUUAUUUCUCUCUGCAGGUUAUUUAUGCGAGGAGGAAGUACUCAGUGUCGCCCCCUGCCACCAGCGGCCCGCCGGAGUUUGACAGGAUCUUCAGAGCUCAAGCAAACUGCUCCGAGUAUUUCCCCAUCUUCAUCAUUCUGCUGUGGACGUCUGGAGUCUUCCUCAGCCAAGCGCUCUCGUCCCUCUGCGGUCUUCUUUAUUUAUACGGACGUUUCCUUUAUUUUCGUGGAUAUUCACAGUCGUCACUUGGACGCCUGGCUCCUCUGUAUUUCAGCGCUCGCGUCCUCUGGACUCUCAUCGCUCUCUCGUGUCUCGGCGUCGUCCUCUCGUUCUGCCGCGUUCACCUGAACGUGGACGUCCUGCACGAGCUCGGCUCCGCCCUCCACCUCGUCUGACCCUGAAGAAGCUGGGGGUCAGAGGUCGUGGAUCAUGGAUUGAUCUGGUUUUUCUUUCUUUUCUUUAUAUUUAAAAAAAAUUACAUUAUUUU